AUGCCUGGUCCCUCUAAAACACCCAACUCUGACGGGACGCCAGCGUACAAGACACGAUAUAUUCUGAGCGGACAUAGCCGACCCAUCUCAUCCAUAAGAUUCAGCGCGGACGGCAGGAUGCUUGCUUCGGCAGCCGCGGAUAAGACUGUCAAGCUAUGGAACACUGAAACAGGAGAAAUACUUCAUACUCUCGAAGGGCAUACGGAGGGUAUCUCUGAUGUUGCUUGGUCACCGGACGGCGAAUUCCUUGCGUCCGCCUCGGACGACAAGACCAUACGGGUAUGGAGUCUAGAGAUGAUGGAGACCAUGGUAAUUCUCAAAGGCCAUACGAACUUUGUGUUCUGCAUCAACUUCAGUCCGAAAUCAAACUUAUUGGUUUCGGGCGGCUUCGACGAAACAGUGCGGAUAUGGGAUGUAGCCAGAGGACGAACACUCAAGACAUUGCCUGCACACUCGGAUCCAGUGACGGCUGUCACCUUCAAUCACGAUGGCACGCUCAUUGCGUCCUGCGCAAUGGACGGUCUCAUACGCAUAUGGGACGCAGAGUCUGGGCAGUGUCUCAAGACUCUAGCGGACGAUGACAAUCCUAUAUGCUCACAUAUCAAGUUCACGCCAAAUUCGCGGUUCAUUCUAGCAUCGACACAAGAUUCUACAAUACGGUUAUGGAACACACAAACCUCACGAUGCGUGAAGACGUACACCGGUCACACAAAUCGAACGUAUUGCUUAUUCGCGGACUUUGCCCCUGGGGCGAAGCAUAUCGUGAGCGGAAGUGAAGAUACGAGGAUUUAUGUAUGGGACCUCCAGACUCGUAAAGUGGCUCAAAUUCUGGAAGGGCACAGGGAUGUGGUGAUUGCUGUAGCGUCGCAUCCUACAAAACGGAUGCUUGCAUCGGCAUCAAUGGAGAAGGACAUGACGAUUCGGCUUUGGGUGGACACAAAUUGCGUAUCAUAG